CCGAAAGGGUCUGGUCUUAAGACUAGACGUUGUCGAAAUGAUCAUAAAGUGGUGAUCUAUCCAGGGCAUCGAAUGGACGGUUAGCGUAAUCAUGUACUUUGACCCUCGGCACUUCCCCUAUGGUGUCAAAACAAGGAAGCGCUGGAAGUGUCGUCUGCUAUGGCCAAAAAGAAGCCAAAGAGGGGCUCAGAGUCAGCAGACGCAUCUUCUGUUGUUUGGUCCAAGGGAAAUCAAAAAGAUAUGAAACCACCAGAGAAAUAUGACAUCUUGUCCCUUGGCGUUAUUGCUUUGGUUGUGGCUCUGUGCGUGGUACCACUGACAGCUGAAAAAUCUACUUCUGGCUUCCCUCAUCAGAAGCAAAAAGUCCUGAAGAUGGAUGAGGCACUUCUGACAGUCAACAAUGAGCUAGACACUGAGGUGGUGGUUUCCUGGGUGUCAGAGCGCUGCUACAAGUGUUUGUACCAGAAGCUUGGGGUAGUAGCUGCAGGGACCGGUCCAGGUCAGCCCAGUUCGGCAAACUUCAUUGUCAGCACACAGCAUCAAAUUACACUACAGCUCAACAGCCCAUCUGUCAGAACUGAGCUCUGCAAGGUUCCAUUCCACUUUGGGGAGCAUGGAAACUACUCACUGUGGGUAAAAAAUCUGAACGACUCAUCAGUGGUAAACUGCUCAGUAGUGACUGAUGCAGAAGCCAUCAACAGCUACAUACCAAUCUUGAUAGCCUUCGUUAUCUUUGCUGGACUCUUCUUGUUGUCUGCUAUUGGAAGAACAAUAUACGGCCUUGAAGUAGUGAGGGGGAUCCUCUUCCGAAUUGGUGGCUCCAUGGAAACAGAGAGGCUUAUAAACUCUGAACUGGGCUCUCCUGGCAGGAUAGUACCACCAGUCACUGACAACAUCCUUCCUCCACCACCCAGUCCUAGCAAGAGGCUGCGAUCUCUGGACACAUUCAGAGGUAUCUCCUUAGUCAUUAUGGUUUUGAACUAUGGAGGGGGAAGAUACUGGUUUUUCAGACACGAAAGCUGGAAUGGGCUAACUGUUGCAGAUCUCGUCUUCCCUUGGUUUGUAUUCAUAAUGGGGACAUCCGUUGCCCUGUCCAUCAACUCCCAGCUCCGCUCAGGCUCCACCCGCUGCUCAUUGCUCAGGAAAGUUUGGUGGAGGAGCCUUCAGCUCUUCAUCAUUGGUGUCAUCAUCAUCAACCCAAACUGCCAAGGAGCAUUAUCUUGGGAAAACCUGCGGAUUCCAGGUGUGUUACAGCGUCUGGCCUGGUCAUAUCUAGUUGUAGCCUGCCUGGAUUUGUUGGUGGCAAGAGGUCAUCUGGACAUCCUUACAAGGGAUGCGUGUUGGUCCCCUGGACUUGAUAUCCUGCUGUACUGGCCAGCCUGGCUGUGUGGUGCUGCUCUUAAAACAGUCUGGCUUUGCCUCACUUUCCUCCUUCCAGUACCUGAUUGCCCAACAGGCUACCUGGGUCCAGGUGGGGAUUGGGGACGAGAGUCUGUAUGCUAACUGCCACCGGUGGGAGCAGCUGGUUACAUUGACCGGUGGCUUUUUGGACUAAACCACAUCUACCAGACUCCUUCAUCGCGGGUGAUUUACGGAACAAUGCCAUUUGAUCCAGAAGGGUCUGGCAGCAUCAACUCCGUCCUCAUGGCUUUUCUUGGAUUACAGGUCUGUAGCGGGAAAAUAAUCUUACACUACAGAGAUGUCCACACAAGUAUAAUGUCAAGGUUUCUCAUAUGGGGUCUCUAUUAGUAAGUAUAUUUACCUCACAUGAUUGGAGUCAUAUCAGCAGCUCUGACUAAGGUUCAACAGACAGGGCUCAUUCCUGUCAACAAAAACCUAUGGUCACUGUCCUAUGUUACAACCCUGGCCUGUUUUGCAUUUGUGCUGCUAGUAAUUGUCUACUACACCGUGGAUGUGAAGAAGUGGUGGUCUGGGGCUCCAUUCUACUACCCUGGUAUGAACUCCAUCCUUGGUACGUGGGCCAUGAGGUGUUUCCAAGGAUACUUCCCCUUCCGUUGGCGCAGUGACAACCAAUCCCACGCUGAGCAUCUAACCCAGAUAGUGGCUACCUCCUGCUGGGUCCUCAUCUCAUACGCCUACAGAAAGAGGAUUUUCUGGAAGAUUUAAACUGAUGGGACACAAACAACAACCCAGCGGGCCAUUGUUUCAUCAAAAAUGCUGUAGUUUAACCUGUGAGAAUACUUGGAACACAGGAAACAGAAGACUGAUUUGUUUUCUUAGAAAGUUGGUGGUUUUUAUGAAGAAACAUUGUUUCUCAAGCACUACUUUAUUGGGUUACAAUGUGUUAAGACUUUCUAAAGACUUUCAGAUAAAUAGAGUACCUCUUCCAAAUACCCUUAUUGACUCAGGAAUAACCUUUUCAAGAAUAGGUAAUCAACUCUAAGAGAACCAUGAAUACUGACAAUAAGGGCUGACAUGUGUUUAUUCUCAUGCUUUUAUUCCUCAUUUUGUAUCACAGACUUCAGUGGCAGGGUGCUGUGAUUCAACAAUUCCGUAUUUACUUCCCCUUGGCAGUAUCAGUGCUGCCAUCUAUAGUACUGUGGCAUUAGUCUGAAAGCUGAAGUAGAGAGAUUGGUGAGAUUGACUCAUCAAGAAUAGGAGGAGAAUGUAAACGAUUUGCACACUGUUGAAAGUCCAUCAUGGUUGCAGAUGGAAGUGAUAUUUUAACAGGAAACAAUACCCUGAGGUUAUAAGACAUAAAAGUUAAACUUCUGCAUAAUUGCUGUUCCUGGGUAGACAUGAUCCUUUUCAUCAGCAAGAGUCCUGUGGUUUGGUGGACAUCAUGCUGUCUGUUACUUCUGUAACAAGCUGAGGGAAGUGACUGUGGGCAUAUCAGCUGACUUUUGAAGUCCCUCUGGGGAUAUCUUAUGCUGAAUUUUAAUUAAAUCUCAAACACGUGUAUACUCUUUGAUAAACUUUUUGAAAAGACAAGACACAGAACUAACCUUUGUAUGUUGUUACACUUGCUUCCUUGCGUUAGCAUUGGCAGAAAGUAUUUGCCAAACAUAUGGGAGUUCCUUUUUUUCAAACAUAAUGUUAAAUAUGUCAUGAAAUUAAAAAAAGAGCACUCUACUGUUAUCACACACAUGUUCAUAAGUUUCAUUGAUUUGAAACGUUAUAUUUGACAAUAUCAGAUCUAACCAUAUAUUUCUGUUGACAAUACUUCAAAAAAUGUUUACACAUAAAAAAUGUAUUUCCCUGCAAAUUGCAGUUGGUGUAAAAAUAACUUUCAUUAACAUAUUUUAUCAAACCACAUGUUCAUUCCACUGAAUAGUUGGGAGUAUUUUUUCAUUUGUAUUGUCUAAAUCAAU